CCCCGGUCGCUUGACCCGCCGCCAACGGCAUAAACCGACAUUCCGAGAAACAUUCCGGCCUUGGCGAGCAUGGAUAUUCGGAAGUUCUUUGGAGUUCUGAAUGUCGGAAAGAAACAUGAAAAUGAGACUGCCCAAAAGCCUGAGAAACUCAAAGAUAAGGAAGGCGAAAAGUUGAAAUCGAAGGAAGUCAAGGUGAAGAAUUCAUCUCCCGAAGAGGAUUCCAAACAAAGGCAGGUUACCAAAAAGAAGAGGAUAAUCUAUGAUUCAGAUUCUGAAGAGGAGAUGCAGUUGAUGAAAAAAUCAAAGAAGCAUCCAGUUAGAAAACAGUCUGAUAAGGUUCUAAAAAAGGACCUGAUAGUUUAUGUUUCUGAAACAGACGAAGACGAAGACUUUGUUCACAAGAAGGUCUCCCAAAAACCCAAGGAGAAUGGGACGUCAGCAAGCCUUCACCCAGGAGUAACUGCAGCACCAAAAGCAGACACUAAACCGAAAACAAAAACUAAGCCCUUAUCUCCAGAGAAACUGACACCAACCUCGGUAAUUGAUUACUUUGGAACCGGCAGCAUCCAGCGAUCAGAGAAAAAACUGGUGUCAAGCAAAAGAAAGGAUCCUUCACAAAGCAGGGAUUCCACUCUCAGUGAUGAAGCCAUUGCCAAGCAAUUGCAGCUUGAAGAAAAUACAGAGUUGGAGAGACAACUGCACGAAGAUGAAGAGUUUGCUAGAACUCUGGCCAUGUUGGAUGAAACUCCAAAGAAGAAAAAGCCUCGAAAGGAUCCAGAGAAUAAACAGGAGGUUUCAGCAGCAAAAACGAUUCCCAAGGAAAUUGAAAGAAAUAAGCAGGCUCACAAAGUGAAAUCUGCUGAUCUAACAGUUGACUCAAGAAAUUAUACUGCAAAGGACAAGACUUGCACAGAGAGUGCCAGGACGCUACUGGAUCUACACCCUGAGCCUUCUGUUAAUAAAGAGAGGAAGGAGUUGGGGAAUAAGAUGCAGUCUUCAAAAGUGAGCUCUAAACUGGCAGCUCUGAAGCAAAAAGAAGAGAGUGUAAGAAAACAAAACGAGUCUCCAAAAGUAAAAUCAGUUUCACCGAAGGAAGAGAAGACACCUAAAAAAGAGAAAGUUUCACCCCAAAAAUCUAAGUCUGUAAGCCCUGAGGACUCUGAAAAGAAGCGAGCCAACUAUCAGGCUUAUAGAAGCUUCCUUAAUCGGGAAGGUCCAAAAGCACUCGGGUCUAAGGAGAUCCCGCAGGGUGGUGAAAAUUGCUUGGAAGGUCUGACGUUUGUGAUCACCGGCAUCUUGGAAUCUAUUGAACGAGAUGAGGCCAAGUCUUUAAUUGAGCGCUAUGGUGGGAAGGUAACUGGUAACAUCAGCAAGAAGACCAACUAUCUUGUUAAGGGCCGUGACUCUGGUGCAUCUAAGAGUGAAAAGGCAUCAGCUUUAGGGACCAAAAUCGUUGAUGAAGAUGGUUUAUUUGAGCUCAUUCGGACGAUGCCAGGCAAGAAGUCAAAGUAUGAAGUGGCAGCCGAAGCAGAGGCAAAGAAAACACAACCCAAAUCAGGGAAAACACCGCAGAAGGUAGAAGCAGAAAAAAGAAAAAUUAGCCCAGCAAAGGUGGAGAUUGAGACUAAAAAGAAAAGGCCCACCCCUGGAAAAGAUGGUGCUGUGAAAUCUGCAAAGAAGGAAACCACAGAAGCUAGGAGAGGUCUGGUUUUCGAUCAGAAAGCCCCGGAGAACAAACGUGCUGCAAAGGAUGCAGAGAGACCAGUUCGAGAGACGAGUAAAGGCGAGGCAGAGGUGUUGUUGUGGGUGGACAAAUACAAGCCCACAUCCCUCAAGACAAUCAUUGGACAGCAAGGAGAUCGGAGCUGUGCCAAUAAACUUUUGUGUUGGCUUCAGAACUGGCACAAGAAUACUUCAGAGGACAAGCAUGUAAAAUCCAGUAAGUUUGGAGGCAAAGAUGAUGGCGCCAGUUUCAAAGCAGCUUUACUUUCGGGGCCACCAGGAGUCGGUAAAACUACGACUGCUUCAUUAGUUUGUGAGGAACUGGGUUUGAGUUACGUGGAACUGAAUGCCAGUGACACACGCAGUAAGAACAGCCUGAAGGAGGUGGUCGCCGAGUCUCUAAACAACACCAGCAUCAAAGGGUUCUGUUCAGGAGCAUCAACUUCUGUUAGCUCAAAGCAUGUCCUAAUCAUGGAUGAAGUGGAUGGGAUGGCAGGCAAUGAAGACAGAGGAGGAAUUCAGGAGCUAAUCGACCUGAUUAAGCAUACAAAGGUUCCAAUAAUCUGUAUGUGUAAUGAUCGGAAUCAUCCAAAGAUCCGUUCCCUCGCCCACUACUGCUUCGACCUUCGCUUUCAGAGACCGCGUGUAGAACAGAUUAAGGGUGCCAUGAUGUCUAUCGCCUUCAAAGAAGGGCUCAAGGUUCCACCGCCAGCGAUGAAUGAAAUCAUCUUGGCAGCUAAUCAGGACAUCAGACAAGUUUUACACAAUCUCAAUAUGUGGUGUGCAAAAAACAAAGCCCUGACUUAUGACGGUGUCAAAGAAGAUGCCAGUAAAGCCAGAAAGGAUAUCAAGCUGGGCCCUUUUGACGUUGUCAGGAAGGUUUUCGCUGCUGGAGAAGAGACUUCUCGUCUGUCCCUUAUUGACAAGUCAGACCUGUUCUUCCACGAUUACUCUCUAGCCCCUCUCUUUGUCCAGGAAAACUACGUACACGUGAAACCAGCUGCUGCUGGGGGCAGCAUGAAGAAACAUCUGAUGUUGCUUAGCAAAGCAGCUGACAGUAUAUGUGAUGGCGAUCUAGUUGACCGGCAGAUUCGCAGCAAGCAAAACUGGAGCCUUCUACCAACACAGGCCAUUUAUUCGAGCGUCCUCCCUGGGGAGCUGAUGCGAGGUUCCAUGCAACAAUUCCCAAAUUUUCCAAGUUGGUUGGGCAAAUUUUCAUCCACGGGAAAACAUGACCGUAUCCUUCAAGAGCUGACGAUGCACAUGAGUCUCAGAACCCAUGCAAGCAAGAGAGCAGUAAACCUGGAGUAUUUGCCAUACUUGCAAGGUGCCAUUGUGAGGCCCUUGGCUGGCCUGGGGACAGAAGGGGUGCAGGAUGCUGUGGCCUUCAUGGAUUCCUAUUGUUUGGUGAAGGAAGACGUUGAAAACCUAAUGGAAUUAACCAGUUGGGGAGGCAAGCCCAGUGCAUUUUCUAAACUGGAUUCCAAGGUUAAAUCGGCUUUCACGCGCAGCUAUAACAAAGAGGUGCAUCUCACACCCUAUUCGUUGCAAAUAGUAAAGAAGUCAAAGCGACAAGCAGAGUCUUCUCAGGAUACAGAACUGAAUGAAGAACUGGAGGCUGAUGAAGUCCAGUCUGAGGAUGAGCAGACUAUUGAAAAUGAUGCAAUGAUUAAGAAGGCAAGGUCUGCCAAGCAGCCAAAAGUGGAAAGACCUGAACAAACAAAAAAGGGAAAGACAAAGAAGAAAUCUAAAUGACUCAUUCAUUUCUGAUUAAUAACACCGACUAGCUGUUCAAACUUUGCUGUCAUGUUACUUCAGGCAGAAAUGAAGAGGAAAGGCUAACAUGAAUGGACUGGAAAAGCCCCUCGUAGACAGUGUUUCUCCUGUAUUGCUACUACAGUACAAAAA